GCGUGGAGGUUUGUGUGCUCAACCCUCCCUCCUCCAGGCCCCGAGUGUCCCCGUGACGAGGCUGCACCGAGCAGCCGCGGGCCGAGCCCAUCCCGCCGCAGCAGUCCCGGGGUGCAGCAAGGGUGAGGCGGGUGGGGGUGAGCAGCGCACAGAGAGCCCCCGAGCGCCGCCAGAAUGGUGCUGGAAGGAAACCCUGACGUGGGAUCCCCUCGAACCUCGGACCUCCAGCACCCAGGGAGCAAGGGCUCUUGCAUCCUCUCUUCUCCUGGUGAAGAAGCACUGCCAGGCGAGGAACCCAUCAAAUAUGGUGAACUCAUCGUCCUGGGAUGCUGUGAGGAAGGAGGUGAGGAUACCAAGGCUCAGAGAGGGGAAGUGACUGGCCCAAGGGCACACAGCUGCUACAAUGGGUGUCUGGCAAGUGGGGACAAGGGCCGCCGCCGAAGCCGCCUGGCACUGAGCUGCCGGCCACAUGCCAACGGAGUGAAGCCAGACGUCAUGCACCACAUCUCCACACCACUUGUCUCCAAGGCCCUGAGUAACCGAGGCCAGCAUAGCAUCUCGUACACACUGUCCCGGAGCCACUCAGUCAUAGUGGAGUACACACAUGACAGCGACACAGACAUGUUCCAGAUUGGCCGUUCUACCGAAAACAUGAUUGACUUUGUGGUAACAGACACAUCUCCUGGCGGAGGAGCCACAGAGGGCCCUUCUGCCCAAAGUACCAUCUCCCGCUAUGCCUGCCGCAUCCUCUGUGACCGCCGGCCACCCUAUACUGCCCGCAUCUAUGCUGCUGGCUUCGAUGCCUCUAGCAACAUUUUUCUUGGAGAGCGGGCAGCCAAAUGGAGGACUCCUGAUGGUCUGAUGGAUGGCCUGACAACCAAUGGGGUCCUGGUGAUGCAUCCAGCAGGUGGCUUCUCCGAGGACUCCGCUCCGGGUGUCUGGAGGGAGAUUUCUGUCUGCGGGAAUGUGUACACAUUGCGGGACAGCCGAUCAGCCCAGCAGCGGGGGAAGCUGGUGGAAAACGAGUCCAACAUCCUGCAAGAUGGUUCGCUCAUCGACCUGUGUGGGGCCACGCUGCUGUGGCGCACUCCAGCAGGGUUGCUGAGGGCACCCACCCUGAAACAACUGGAGGCCCAGCGACAGGAGGCCAACGCAGCGCGGCCCCAGUGUCCCGUGGGCCUCAGCACCUUGGCCUUUCCCAGUCCAGCCCGUGGCCGCACAGCACCCGACAAGCAACAGCCCUGGGUCUACGUCCGUUGCGGUCAUGUCCAUGGCUACCAUGGCUGGGGCUGCCGGAGGGAGCGAGGCCCUCAGGAGCGCGAGUGUCCUCUUUGCCGCCUUGUGGGACCCUACGUGCCCCUGUGGCUCGGCCAGGAGGCCGGUCUCUGCCUGGACCCUGGGCCACCCAGCCAUGCUUUUGCACCCUGUGGCCAUGUCUGUUCCGAGAAGACUGCCCGCUAUUGGGCCCAGACACCACUGCCACAUGGCACCCAUGCUUUCCAUGCAGCCUGCCCCUUUUGUGGGGCUUGGCUCACUGGUGAGCAUGGCUGUGUCCGUCUAAUUUUCCAGGGACCACUGGACUAGGCUCUCCAGGGUCCUUGCUGCCAUGCCCGCCUGCCCACCCAGGUCCCCCAUCUCCUGCUGUUCAGAGGGAGCUCUGCAUGUGGGACUGUGCCUGCUGGCAAUAGCCACACCAGUUGGACACAUUGGAUGGGCUGUGGCCUUCCCCUCAACUCUAGCCUCUAAGAGGAUCCCUAAGAUCUCCAUCCCAGUCAUACUGAUGGGGACUUUAGCACCAGCUCUGCCCCAGGCUGAUGGAGGGCACCCCAUGCCGCUGCCUUCCCUGGAGUAUCCUACGUCAUGCCGCCUACACUGUGCCCCUGGGGGAGUGAAGGGGCCAUGGCCCCUGACUUCCAGCUUAGUCUGGUUGUGCCCUGAACCUGCCAAUCCAGUAACAGCUAUUCCUUCCUCCUGCUGCUGCCCUGGGUUACUCUGUAAACCUUGCUGCUGCUCAGCUGCCCUCACAGAUCCACAUGUCCCACAUGCAUGCAAUACCUCCAGUCCUCAGUGAGUAAUGAGUGAGUAGGGAGUCUGAGGUCAGCCUUUGCGGGCAGGAUAGUGCCAAGUGGGGGACACAGGGACAAUCAGGUUCUCCACCUGGUGGAGUCCACAGCCUAGUGGAGGGUAGACAGCUUCAUGGGUAUUAGGAUCAGAGAAUUCUAGGGCUAGAGAACAGCACUUGCUGGAUUGGGGAAAGUAAGAGGUUUCAUGAAGGAGGUGGCACAGGAGCUCGGCCUCCAUGCUGACUUGGAAUCUUCCAGGCCCACACAGUACCCUCUUGGCACAGGCUCAGGGAAAGGAAGCAGGGGUGGAGACACAGAUUAAGGGGAUGCUGGAGCAUAAGGUGUGGCCAUGCUUGGUGGAGAAUUCAGAUCCUCAUUUGUGGACAAUCAGGAGUCAGCUCCACAGCACUGGCUCUGACCCAAGGGCUACCAUCGCUGACUAUUCACUGUGUGCCCGCCCCCCAUCCUAACAGUAAUUACAGCUGUGUUCAUUGAGCGCUCACCGGGUACCAGGGCUUUGCUUCUUGGCCGGGGAUUUUGUUAUCUACUCACAGUGAUCCAGGAAGAGAGGUGUCCCCACCUGUGUUUGUAGAGAGAGAAAGUUACAAUCUAGUUGCAGGUGGUUAUUGGAAGCCACAACUACCCACCUCAGAUCAUACUAAGGCUGGGCAGGACUGAGGCAAGGCAGUUUAGUGUCUGUUUCGUGGAGAAGCUGAAGAAGAGAUAGAUGGAGAUCUGCCUGCUCAGUGCCCAGCCCCACGCAGGGCCCCAGCACCAAGCAAGGGCUCCCACUCAGAGGAAGCCCUGUGGAACUAAGACCAGAAGCUGAUGUCCACAUCCCGCUGGCCACCUGUACAUGCUGGGGUUGUCCUGAGAACUUUGGACGGCAGAGGCAGGAUGGAGUUUGGAGGGCAGUCUGGGUGAGGGCAGCAGCAUAGUAAGGUAGGGAAAAUGCCUACCAAUCAGUAAAUGCAGGUCAGCAGAAAAAGAGCGAUUGGAUCAGGGAUGUGGGCUGGGACCUGGUGGGCCUUGGUGACUGUGGAAGUCAGUGCUAAACCCCUCCCUGUUCCUCCUGUUUGUGAGUCAGGUCUUCCUGUGAGCCAAGGGCUGAGCUGGGGUUUCCCCCUGACCAUUCAAAGGGAAGUGAACCAGGAAAACAGGUAGAUAGACUCUAGAGAAAUCAAAGGAGGUGGCUCUGAGUGUAGGUGUGACCUUGUCCUCAUUACAAGACAGAAGCCAGAGUUUAGGGAGGUGCAGAUUCCACAAGAAACUGUACAAGGCCACACAGCUGGCUGAGGCCAGAAAGACCAGAUUUGGGCUGUUGGGAGGACAGAAGGCAGCGAUCACAGAGAAGACUGAGCGUCACAUAGCUACAGUGGGACGCAUGGCAGAAGGGGAUGCCAGAGUGCAUGAGGAACAUUUCAGCCCUCCCCUCAAAACACUAGAAAUGAAACUCUACUCAGUUCUUGCUAAUGGCCCUGUUGGGGACCAGACAGGGGAACAUAUUCUGAUCUCAUUUCUGGUGCUGAAUCUCAGACUUUGGGAGGAGGGACAAAAAGGACUUGCCUGGGCUCUGGGAAGAACUCGGGCUGGCAGUGGGAGUCAGCUCUUGGGCUUCAGACGCCACAAUUGUUAAAUGGAAUGACAGUCUCUAAGGCCAGACCUGGUGGCAUGUGCUUGUAAUUCCAGCAUUUGGAAGGCUAAGGAAGGAGGAUUGUGUGUUCAAUGCCAGCCUGGGCUAUGUGGCAAGACUUGUCUCAAACAAACAAAAACAAAAAGUACUUUGUUCACCAGGUGGAUGUAAACAUACAGAAAAGCCAUGACCCAUUAAUAGAAUGUGCUAUGGUCAGAGAGGGGAGAGAGAGAGAGAGAGAGAGAGAGAGAGAGAGAGAGAGAGAGAGAGAGAGAGGAGAGAGAGUGUUGGGGCAGGAAGAGGGAACAGUGUAGUGGAAGGUCUUAGGAAAUCAAAGAUCCUCUUAGUCUAAGUUUUCCAACCUGUGCGAUUGGUACAACAGUGAUAUGCUAUCUCAGGGGUUUUGCAAGA